UUCCAGCAUGAAAAGACUUGGCAUCGUUUGUGGUGUGGUUUUGCUGUGUAGCUGCGUAGCAGUUCAGGCAGCACUGUACGAAGCCAUAAUGACCAGCUUCGAAGUGAUACCGGGGGAGAUUGCGGACGUGAUUGACUAUGGCACGGUGCGAAUGACGCGCAAAGGACGCAACACCUUCAGCAUUUUGGGAUCGUUUACACUUUUCAUAAAUGUAGGCGACGAGGCACAGAUAAUGUGGGAGGCCUACAAGUUGGAUCGAUCUGGGAAUAAGAAUAAAUAUGGUUCAGGAUCAGGCAGGUUGUGUAAGGUGCUCGCAGGCGAUGAAUUCGUCUAUCCGAGUUUGCUGGAAAAGUCGAACUUUCCACCGAGGGAUACCUGUCCGUUUCCGAAGGGCAACUACACGAUCUAUGAUUACGUGCUGGAUGACAAGAGCCUUCCACCAUUCGUUCCCGCCGGUGAGUGGCUGAUGGAGAUGAAAAUGUUUCGCGAUGGUUUGCUGGGCGGUGGAUAUGCAGUGCAAUUUACUAUAAAAUAAAUGCAGCAAGCUCGGUUGAGGGUUUCAAGGGGAUGAAAA